AUGGAUGGUCUCGGUCUCCCUGAUGUUGGCUCUGUUCGAUCUUCAGAACAGACCGUUAUCGAGACCUUCCUUGUGCCUACCGGGAACAGCCUCUCAUUGUCUCGUCACUUUGUCUCUCUCAAAUUGACCUCCUGUAAUUAUCUUUUCUGGCGAACACAGAUGCUGCCAUUCCUAGAGGGUCAAGGCCUUCUUAGUUUCAUCGAUGGUAGUAUACCGUAUCCGGUCGCAGCACCGGUCGCCUUUGCCUCGACCUCCAACAGCCUAGCGGCGGCGGGUGAGCUCGUAGCCCGGCAGGGGGCUUGGAGGAGGCAAGACAAGGCCAGAUUGUCUCUUUUAAUUUUGUCCCUUUCAGAGGAGACGAUACGAUUCGCCGUUGGUCAUUCUACUUCGCGGCAACUGUGGCUCACCAUCGACCAAUCUCUCGCUUCUUCCUCGCGUUCUCGGGCGUUGCAGUUAUUCGAUGAGUUGCAACCCCUUCUGCAGGGGGACUCUUCCAUCGCAGAUUAUAUUGGUCGUGCACAACUUUUGGUUGAUGAUCUAGCUCUUACCGGUCGUGAUGUUACGUUAGACGAUCAAAACUUGUACAUCUUUCGUGGCUUACAGUCUGAAUUUUGUUCGCUUGUGGCAAACCUAGCUCGAGGUGCUACGGUUCCGCUUGUGGAGGUGGUAUAUUUCUUGGUAUCGCAGGAGUGGAUCUGCACUGACGAUAGAGUCGGCGAUGUACCGCCGGUUGCGAUGGUUGCUGGCCGUGGAUGUCUGGCUUCAGGCCGCGGUGGCCGUGGCGGUGCGACGCAAUAG